AUGGCGGACAUCUCCAUCCGCAAAUGGAUCCGCUGGGAGCCUCACUCCCCCACACCACCAACGUCCGUCAUCGUGCUCACCUCCCCCCAACGUCGUUUUGUCGAUAUCAGAGUCAUCCUCCCGCUUCCUACCCCUACAGACUCGGAAUUGCCACUAGAGCAACUGGAGUGGGCUAUCGCAGGCACGUCGACUUCUUCCCCGGUUUUGAACCCCAAGACGAAAGAAGUGGAGUAUUCGCAUUGUGUUUGGAGUCACUGGAUUGAUUCACGGGUCAAUAACAGGGAUGCUGGGGCUGACGAGGGAGAUAAUUACCCUGUGGAGGGACACCCCGAGUUGACGCUGGAAAGGGGGAGGAUGGUGAACCCCGCUAGUGGGCGGGUGGAGGGGUACGAGGAGAUGUGGGUGGCUGGGGAAGUGAGGGCGGUGGAGGGAGUGGGGUGUGUUGUUUUGGAGUAUGAUGCUGAUUUGAAGGGGGAGGAGGGGUGGGCUCGAGGGGAGGGGGGGAAACAAGGGGAGGUCGAAAGGGUGGGGAGGGGGAUGGUGGUUCGGUUGGGGGGGUAUGUACAGGGUUUUUUGAGGGAUGGGGAGGAUGUGAGGGUUGAGAGGUGGGUUUGGGAGGGGGAAAGAGGAAAGUGGGAGAAGAGGGUUAGGAUUGGGAGUGGGGGGUUGAAGGGGGGGGGGUGA